AUGCGUCAUUUGGGUGGACGUAAUGGAUUCUCGAUAGAUGGAGUCCGAGCACAGUCGUGCACGGGCAUCCCCUCAGGCGCAGCGGAACGCAAGCCGGACGGUUAUCUCCUCCUCGAGGCCGCGUGCGAUAAGGUCGAGGUCGACGGAUUUGGAAGUGAAGGACUUGGAUCUGCUGCCCGUCAUACCGGAGACGAGCUUGGAUGGCGGAGGGGAGUGGAGAAUAGCAUCAAGCAACAGUCAGCCAGCCAACCAGCCCAUCUCAUCUCACUUGAUCGCACCCUUUGUACUGAGCCGUUUCUGCACAAGAUCACGGCGAGGAUGUCGUCGACGGCCACCGUCACCCGCGCCCACCUCGAGAACAAGCUCGCCCUCGCCAGACGCUGCUCCAGAGAGGCGACGCUCGCCGGAGCAAAGGCGGCGGCCAUCGCCACGGUCGCGUCUGCGGUCCCAACGCUGGCGAGCGUGCGGAUGCUGCCGUGGGCCAAGGCGAACCUGAACCCCACCGGCCAGGCGCUCAUUGUUUGCACCGUCGCCGGGAUGGCCUACUUCGUCGCCGCCGACAAGACUCUCCUCUCGCCCGCAACGAAAUAA